AUGGUUAACCUUGUAAGGAAGUGUCUGAUCGUGUCCUAUUUUUAUGGACGUAUUUCCGGCGUUCUGAAUUUUGAGAUCGAUAUUAAAACGGGUCGAACGCUGGUCACCAAACGAGCUACAAUAUGUGCUGCCGGCUUGCACUUGUUCAUUUUCAUCACACCAAUUUACCAUCUGAUUCAUACUCAUGGUUUGCCCAGUGUGUGGAAUUCUCUUAAUUCUCUUCAAGCAUACUUCUUCGUGGUGGCAUCAGGAUUGCGGAUGAUUUGUGUUUUCUUGGCUUUGGUCAGUCGAUGGUCCCAGGGACGGACCUUCCUGCGGCUUUUCAACUCAUUCCGCCGCCUUUAUCAAAACAAUCCGGACAUAAUCAAGCUCUGCCGCAGAAGUAUCGUUAGCAAGUGCUUCUUUGUCUUACUGUCGGAUGCCCUAAAUGCCAUAUUCGUUCUUCUUUUGAUGCAAUAUCAACUAACUAUUUCAUGGACUCUUCUAAUUUGUGUCAUAUUCUCGAGUUUACGAGGACGCUACAUCCUUUUAAACAAGAAUCUGCAAGCGAUUAUAGUCGAAGCACAGUCGUUAAUAGCAAACAGAGGUGGUGCUUUUAAGACUAGAUGCUGCUGCCUCGCCGAUCGGCUGGAGGAAAUCGCCCGAAACCAAUCUGAAUUACAAGAGCUCAUCGAUGUUUUUUCAAGAGCAUACCAAUGUCAGGUCUUCGAGGCCUUCACUCUGAAUCUGGCCAGAAAUCCAUUAAAGCUGCGAUCUCUUGGCUUAUUCAAAAUGGAUCGAGAAUCGUUUUAUGCUAGUGGAAAGUUCUUGUUGACAUACUCACUAAUGUUAACCCAAUAUGAUAUUGAACAUUUCUAA